CCCCACUCUCCCUCUCCACCUCCCCCCUACCCCGCCCCAAAACCCCCCGAAAACCACCACCACUCAACCCUCUCUCCCUCCCUCUCCCUCUAGAAGUUGAACAGCUCGUAUACGCACUGUGUGUGUGGGUGUGUAAACCCAGCUUUACACCCAGCUGAGCAGGAGCAGCUCACCAUCAAUUUCUUCCCAUGUCAAAUUCCGAGGCGCCUAAUAACGAGCUCACUAACGGCGGCGGCGGCGCAGGAGCCAUGGUGGAGCAGACCUCGCAGAGGCCGUCAAGUAACGGCGUCUUAGCCGUCAAGAAGCCACCCUCUAAGGACCGACACAGCAAGGUCGACGGACGGGGCCGCCGCAUCCGCAUGCCCAUCAUCUGCGCCGCACGUGUCUUCCAGCUCACACGUGAGCUCGGCCACAAGUCCGACGGCCAGACCAUCGAAUGGCUCCUCCGCCAGGCCGAGCCCUCCAUCAUCGCCGCCACCGGCACCGGCACCACCCCUGCCUCCUUCUCCACCGUCUCUGUCUCCCUCCGCGGUGGCAACACCUCCUCUUCAGCCCCCUCCUCCACCACCUCCUCCGAUCACAAACCUCAGCUUCUGGGCCCCACCCCCUUCAUCCUCGGCAAACGCGUCCGCGGUUCCCUCGACGACCCCGAAAACAACCACAGCCACAACCACAACCACAACCACGACGCCUCCGCCGCCAAGGACCCCUCCGACAACCACGCCAACAACGACGGAGCCGUCUCAGUCGUCGGGCACUCCAUGGCCUCCAUGCUAGGCCCCAACGCAGGGGGACCCGGCGGGUUCUGGGCCCCGCACUUCGGGCAGGUGUGGAGCUUCGCCGCCACACCACCCCCGGAGCUGAUGGCUCAGUCAGCGCUGUCCCACCAGCAGCAGCAACAGCACCAUCAGCAGCAUUCGUUGUUCUUGCAGCAGCAGCCGAUGGGCGAGGCCUCGGCGGCCAGAGUGGGAAAUUACCUUCCUGGACAUCUCAAUUUGUUGGCUUCUUUGUCGGGCGGGCACGGCAAUUCGGGUCGGAGAGAAGACGACCAGCGUUGAAAAACCCGAUUCGGUUGGAGUUCCGUCCGUUGGCGGUGGCUGGUGGUGGUGGUGUGUUUUGUUGGUAUAUAUAAAUAUGUGUUGCCUGUAAAGUCUAGAAAGUAAAUAAUAUCAGGUGAAGCUGGGACGAGCAAGCAAAAUCGAAGCAGUUGGUCUCCUAAAACAUGGGGUAGGUGGUUUUUGUUGUGUUUGUCAAUAUUGAAUUCAAAGUUCAUGUUAAAGUACCGGUUUUCAAGUGUGAAGAAGUGCAGAUCUGUCUGAUUGUAUGAAUUGGGAAUGAUCUUCCUGAGUGUUGAAACACUAAUGCUGUGAUGUAGCAUGCGUCGUGUGAUCUUUCUGAAUCGAGUAAUUGUUUUGUUAUGUUUGUAA